CUGGGAAAAAGGCAGCACAUCAAUAAAAUAAAUUAAGCUGAAUUUAUUUAACGAAACGGCCUGAUUAAAAAGUUGAAACCAAUGAGGUCUACAAGCAGUUAAAACCAUCCCCGCAAAUUAAAUUAGUUCUAAAAGAUGUGCUUUCGCACUCUUCCUUUAAAACAGAGUGUGAAAAUUUCUGCAUGCAGGGAAUAAAGGCGCUUCCUUGAUGCUGAACGAGGCUGCAUGCCAAUUUAGCUCGUUCCUGCCAUCGCCUGAACCUCUCGCUUCCAUCCCUUCUCCGGGGAGACCUUCGGAUCCUGAAUCUGCCCAGGAGAUCACGCGACCCAGGACUGCUUUGUGCCACGUGGCCUGUAGCCCCGCCCAACGCCGGUUGAGAAGGGCAACAUGAACGUGAGGACGAUGCGGACUUUGGAGAACUUGGCCCGGUUGCAUCGUGCUUGCAGACAGCUGCACUCUUUGGCUUAUGGGAAAGUCCACCGAACACAGUGGAAGCCUGUCUUGUCGUCUGCCUGUCCCAUGUGCCCAAUUCAGCUGCACCCUCUGUUCUGGCAGCCAGAUGCCAGAUCACAAUUCAGGCUUUUAAGCACCACGGAGAGAAAGAAAUCCAGCAAAGAGAAACUGAAACUAAUAAAACCAAAAGUGAAGAAGCAAGAAGUUGUGAUAAGGCCCCGGAUGACUGUGGAGGAGCUUGCAAAAGCCAUGCAUAAGGACAUAGAUCAUGUGUACGAAGCCUUGCUAAACACCAGCAUUGAUGUGAACUCACUAGAACCAGAUACAGUCUUAGAUAGCAUGUGGAUCAAGGAUGUUGUUAAAAAAUCUGGCAUGAAAUUCGUAAUGGCCAAGUUGAGAGAAGAAGAAGAAGUAGUAGUAAAAGAAAACAAGGAUGUUGUGAAGAGACCUCCUGCAGAUCCAGCCUUAUUAACCUUGAGGCCUCCUGUUGUUACCAUCCUGGGCCAUGUUGACCAUGGGAAAACGACAUUGCUUGACAGCCUGCGAAAGACCCAGGUGGCAGCAAUGGAAGCUGGAGGCAUCACCCAGCACAUUGGUGCCUUUCUCGUGCAUUUGCCUUCUGGGGAAAAGAUAACAUUCCUGGAUACUCCUGGCCAUGCUGCAUUUUCAGCCAUGAGGGCCAGAGGCACAAACGUCACUGAUAUCGUUGUAUUGGUGAUAGCUGCAGAAGAUGGCAUCCAGCAGCAGACAGUGGAAUCUAUUCAACAUGCGAAAAAUGCCAAUGUUCCAAUUGUCGUUGCCAUCAACAAAUGCGACAAGCCUAAAGCUGAUCCCGAGCAAGUGAAGAAGGAACUGCUUGCUCAUGAUAUUGUUUGCGAAGAGUAUGGAGGAGAAGUUCAGGCAGUCUGUAUCUCUGGGCUAAAGGGUGACAACUUGGAUGCUUUAGCAGAAGCUAUCGUCGCUCUUGCUGAGGUGCUGGAAAUAAAGGCAGACUAUACAGGCCUGGUAGAAGGUACCAUAAUAGAGUCUUGCACUGAUAAAGGGAAAGGUCCAGUGACCACGGCCAUCAUCCAGAGAGGCACUCUUAAAAAGGGCUGUAUUCUGGUUGCGGAAACAAGCUGGGCCAAAGUACGCCUGAUGUUUGAUGAAAAUGGCAAGCCCAUGGAAGCUGCCACUCCAGGCAUGCCAGUGCAAAUUGUUGGGUGGAAGAAAAUUCCUUCUGCAGGAAAGGAAAUUCUUGAAGUAGAGUCUGAGCAAAGGGCUCGUGAAGUUGUCGAGUGGAGAACCUACACUGAGGAACAGGAGAAAGCGAAGAAGGAGCUAGAGGUCAUAGAAUUGAAACGAAAGGAGCAGAAAGAUAUCUAUAAUAAGGAUCGAGAGGAUCUGUUCAACAUGACCUGGAAACAGAAAAGGAAUAUAUUGAGAUCUAGGAACAACCCAAUGCUUAACCGGCCUAAAGAGCAAGCAGAUUCUAGCAAGAACAGGCUUUCUAUCAUAAUCAAAGGUGAUGUUGAUGGUUCUGUGGAAGCCAUUUUGAAUAUCUUGGAUACCUAUGAUGCUGACGAGGAGUGUGAAUUAAAUGUGAUCCACUGGGGGAUUGGAGACAUUAGUGAAAAUGACAUAAACCUUGCAGAAACAUUUGAAGGCAUUAUCUAUGGAUUCAACGUGAAUGCAAAUAAAUCUAUUCAAAAGUUGGCUUCUGUGAAGAAAGUAAAAAUGAAAAUGAACAAAAUCAUUUAUAGGCUUAUUGAAGAUUUAAAAGAGGACCUGAGUGACACCCUGCCCGCUACUCUGGAGGAACGUGUAUUAGGACAUGCUUCUGUUUUAGCAACAUUUGACGUCACACUAGGAAAAAGUAAAGUUCCAGUAGCUGGCUGUAGAGUACUGAAAGGAUACCUCAACCGAAAUAUGAAGUUUAAAUUAAUCCGUAAUGGUAAAGUUAUUUGGAGUGGAUCUUUGACAUCACUGAAACAUCAUAAAGAUGAUGUCCUUGAAAUCAAGAUGGGUAUGGAAUGUGGACUUAGCGUGGACGGUGACAUCAAGUUUGAAGUUGGAGACGAGAUUGUUUGUUUCACUGGCGAAAAAAUCAAGCAGAAGAUUUCUUGGGAUCCAGGAUUUUAAAUUGUGGCUAUAGAAAGAUGCAAUAGACUAAAAAGUGAACUACAACUACAUUUCCUAUUGUCGAUGUACAAAGCAUUCUGCUAAACAGCUGCAUGUAAAAAUACAAAGGGCCUCAUUUUAUAUAGCUAAUCCCUAACUUUAAUGGGAAAAAACUAGAAUGGAAAGCAAGAUCUUCAUAGAACCUACAUUGUGAAACAAUGGGACAUUGGAACAAGUGCUUGGACUGAUGAAGAUUUUUUUUAUGUACCACAACAGGAAGAUUAUGGAAAUAAAACCCUGAAAAUUAGAAUUUA